CCGAAUGUGCAUCUCUAUUGUUCGUUCACAUUACCUAAUGCAAGAUGCGCUACCAAUUGUUUUCGCGUGCUGUCAGAAUAUUAAAUAAAAAUCACAAUAGAUGCGGAACAUUUCUGUUAGCUCGCAGCGCAGGCAGCAAAGCGACCGCCACAAGCAACAGCAGCGUCAACGCACAGCAAUGGGCUGAGGAGAGUCGAUCGCCGGAGGAGGCGAGCGCUGCAGCGCAACAAGGACUGCCGGCACGUGAACCGCUGGUCAAGAACUUCUUUGUCGGUUUGGCGGACAAUGAGCUGCUUGGCUAUCCAGAGGUCAUUAAUCGGGAGGAUAUGGCCAGUCUGCAAAACGCACUGCUGCCGGUAAAGGAUUACUUUGCAGAAGCUCCUCUCCAGCCCCACUCGCUGGAGAAUUUGCAGCAGCUCGGCCUCUACGGGCUGAACGUGCCCACAGACUAUGACGGCAAGGGGUAUGCCUGGAGCGCCAGUCUCAUGGCCAGUGAACCAGAGUCGAACCACACCAGCUUGGCGCUCAGCCUGCAGACACAUCGCGUGGUGGUGGACAUGCUGCGGGAACUAGGCACACCGGAGCAACAGCAGAAAUACCUGCCGGAACUGGGCAGCGGCAAACUGGUAGCCAGCGAUGCCAUUUUCGAGUACGCACCGCCCGAAAACGAUCUCUUUGGCACCAAGGCCAGCUACGAUCUGGACAAGCACACCUGGACACUUGAGGGCGAAAAGGCAUUCGUUGUUAUGGCUCCACCCGGCGCAAGUCAACUGUUCCUUGUGCUCGCACAGACGCAGAAUAUAAAUGUGACCGGCGAACUGGGACGUGAGCUGACCCUAUUUCUGGUCGAUGGGAAGCAGCCAGGCGUGCGCCUGGGCGAAACGCAUGCUACCUUCGGCUGCCGGGAGGCGGUCAUGCGACGCAUUCACUUCGACCAGGUGCAAUUGAGCAAUCAGCAGAUAUUAGGCCGGGCCUACGAAGGCAAUCGCCACUCGGAGCAGCUGAUGCGCUUCAGUCGACUGCGGAGCACUCUGCUCGGCAUCGGCUUAUCCAAGCGGCUGCUGAAUCACCUGACAAAUUUCAGCGUGGAGACAACGCAAUGUGGGGUGCAGGUCAAAGAUUUGGAGAUGACCAAGGUAAACCUUUCACAGGCAAUGUGCUCCAUAUACGCCAUGGAGAGCAUGCUCUAUCUGACAGCGGGCCUGAUGGACGAGUUUAACAACCAGGAUGUGACGCUGGAGACUGCCAUCACGAAAUAUUACACGCUGCAGCAGCUGUACGCAAUCUCCACACAGAACCUGAGCCUGCUCGGGCCGGCGAGUCUGCACAGCGGACAACCAGCGGAGCUGGCCCUGAGGGACAGUGCUCAGUUGUGCACGCAGGGCGAAUCGUUGACCACGCUGAGCAUGUUCAUAGCGCUGUCUGGACUACAGCAUGCGGGCGUGCGCAUGAAUGAAGGCGUGAGAAAGCUACGCAAUCCGCUCUUCAAUCCCGGCUCGAUUUUUAGCAAAUUCCUAAGCUCAACCAGCUUGGAGAGUCCCAAGACGAACAUGCGGCUGGCGGAGCAUGUGCAUCCCACUCUCGAGGCGCCUGCCCAGUACAUUGAGCACUCGGUGGCACGCCUGAACAUGGCCGUGGAGCUGAUGUUUACACGAUAUGGCAACUCUGUUGUAGAGCGGCAGCACGAGCUACAGCGCCUAGCAAACAUAGCGACCAUUAUCUAUGCCAUGUGGGCGAGCAUAGCGCGUGCCUCGCGCUCCUAUUGCAUCGGCCUGCCGCUAGCCGAUCACGAACUGCUAACCGCUACAGCCAUUUGCUCGCAGGGGCGGGACGAUGUGCUGCGCCUUGCCAUGGAGAUCUACAAUGGCAACUAUAUAAACAACGAUAACAACCUGCUGCGACUGUCCAAGCAGGUGGCCAAGAGCAAAGGCUACUUUGCGGUGCAUCCACUGACCUUUAACUUUUAAGCAUUUCAAUUUACCGCCACCCAUUGUUAACUGAUUUUUCAACUGUAAAUGAAUAUACCAAAUCUAAGAUUGAUUGAGAUACUGUA